AGAAAUUUCACACACCACAUCUCGUAAGCUACUUGCGCCUACCACUGAGGAGUGAGGCUGCCACGCCCAUUCGCUAGCUAGCUAGAGACCCAUAGUACAAACAAUAAUAGAGCAACUGAGCACACCAGGACACAGUCGGUGAAGUACUGUGACAGUGAGCUAGGUUCAGGUCACCACAAACGCCUCAUCUCCAAGCCGAGCACCCUCGCCAUGAGCACGGACGCGGACGCCGUGCCGGUGGCCGUGGCGCCGGCGAAGCGCCCUCCCAUCAACAAGUACGCCUUCGCCUGCGCCCUCCUCGCCUCCAUGAACUCCGUCCUCCUCGGAUACGACAUCUCGGUGAUGAGCGGCGCGCAGCUGUUCAUGAAGGAGGACCUGAAGAUCACGGACACACAGAUCGAGAUCCUGGCCGGCAUCAUCAGCAUCUACUCGCUGCUGGGCUCGCUCAUGGCGGGGCUCACGUCCGACUGGCUGGGCCGGCGCUACACCAUGGUGCUGGCGGCCGCCAUCUUCUUCACGGGCGCCCUCCUCAUGGGCCUCGCCCCCAACUACGCCUUCCUCAUGGCCGGCCGCUUCGUCGCCGGCAUCGGCGUCGGCUACGCGCUCAUGAUCGCGCCCGUCUACACGGCCGAGGUGGCGCCCACCUCCUCCCGCGGCUUCCUCACCACCUUCCCGGAGGUGUUCAACAACUUCGGCAUCCUCCUGGGCUACGUCUCCAACUUCGCCUUCGCGCGCCUCCCCGUGCACCUCAGCUGGCGCGCCAUGUUCCUCGUCGGCGCCGUGCCGCCGGUGUUCCUCGGCUUCGCCGUCCUCGCCAUGCCGGAGUCACCCCGGUGGCUGGUCAUGCGGGGCCGGAUCGAGGACGCGCGGCGUGUCCUGCUGAGGACCUCCGAUUCGCCCGAGGAGGCCGAGGAACGGCUCCUCGACAUCAAGAAGGUCGUCGGCAUCCCCGCGGACGCCACGGACGCCGAUGAUGUCGUCGCCAUCGUGCGCGCGAACGAGGCCGCGCGCGGGCAGGGGGUGUGGAAGGAGCUGCUGAUCAACCCGAGCCGGCCCGUGCGCCGCAUGCUCGUGGCCGGCCUCGGGCUCAUGUUCAUCCAGCAGGCCACGGGCGUGGACUGCGUGGUGAUGUACAGCCCGCGGGUGUUCGAGAAGGCAGGGAUGAAGAACAGGACCAACUCGCUGGGGGCGUCCAUGGCGGUGGGCGCGUGCAAGACCUUCUUCAUCCCGAUCGCGACGCUCCUCCUCGACCGGGUCGGCCGGAGGCCGCUGCUGCUGGCCAGCGGCGGCGGGAUGGCCAUCUUCCUGUUCACGCUCGCCACGUCCCUGCUCAUGCUCGACCGGCGGCCGGAGUCGGAGGCGAAGGCGCUGGGCGCGGUGAGCAUCGUGGCGAUGCUGUCGUUCGUGGCGUCGUUCGCGUCGGGGCUGGGCCCCGUGGCCUGGGUGUACUGCUCGGAGAUCUACCCGCUGCGGCUGCGCGCGCAGGCCGCCGCCAUCGGCACGGGCCUGAACCGGCUCAUGGGCGGGGCCACCACCAUGUCCUUCCUGUCGCUCAGCGAGGCCAUCACCAUCGCCGGGAGCUUCUACCUGUACGCCUGCGUGGCGGCCGCCGGGUGGGUGUUCAUGUACUUCUUCCUGCCGGAGACGAUGGGCCAGAGCCUGGAGGACACCGGGAAGCUCUUCGGCAAGGACAUGGACGACGACGACACCGACCACGACGGCGCCGUCGUGCACCACGAGCGCAAGAGGUCCACCGAGCUGAUCACUCAGCAGUAACCCCGAGUAAUCUACGCCGUACGUCCGUACACAUGUCGUGUGCUUGUGUUGUGUGUGGCCGGUCCAACCGUCCUGGACGUGAAUCUCUAGAUUCUGGACACGUUGGUCAGAUUUCCAGGCUUUAGGACGUAGGGACCGACACCCAGCGCUCUACGGGGAGAAAGAUCACAUGAUAUUCCGCACGCGUGAUGAAUCCAUGUAGAAAGGUUCGGUUCACCGGCCGUUUGCGCUGCUUGCCGUGGCGCGCACUGCGCAGCUUGUGACAGAUCUUUUCACCGAGGUAACAGUGAUACUGUACGAGUGUGUAUGGGGUAGCAUUUCUGGUAUGUACAGGCUUGUGUUAUAUAUGACCGAGUCGUCUCUGAUCUCUGUA